AGCUGGGCAGCUUGUCCCGUCCCUCCACCCCAAAGUCAGCGCCGGCCGCCUUCUCCCGCCCCAGGCCGGAGAGGCCGCCGCCUCCGCCGCCGAGUCAGUGGGCCGGAUUCGCGACGGAGCGGGCGGGCUCCUGAGGGAGGCGCUCAUUCGCUCGGGAAGAGGCCCCGGGGCGGCCAGCAGCGGGCGGGCAAGCGGGCGACUGCGCGGUUUUCGCUCCCGAGUUCCGUGCGUGUGAGCCGGAGUCGGCGGGAGUAGGCCUCUCCCUGCGGGCGCUGGGCCGUUGCCGGGAGACCCCGCGGACCGCGCUAGCGAGCCCGGGCUGGAGCCCGCCAGGCCUCCGCGAUGCCGCUGCUCUUCUUGGAGCGCUUCCCUUGGCCCAGCCUGCGCACUUACACGGCGCUCAGCGCCCUGGCCUUGCUGGGCAGCAGCCUCAGCGCCUACCGCGCCCUCAGCCAGGCCGCCGAGCACACGGAAGAGCCCCCCGGGGUGCGGCUGCAGCAGGAGACCGGAGGAGGAGAGGAGGGCGACCUGUCGCCGCGGACCGGGCCCGCCGCCCUGGACGUCGCCUAUUACUUACUCUCCGACAGCCUCUGCGUUUGGGUACUCGUGAAUACGGCUUGCUGUAUUUUGAUGCUGAUUGCUAAACUAAUACAGGGUGUUGUGUUUGGUCCCCUCCGUGUUAGUGAAAGACAGCAUCUCAAGGAUAAAUUUUGGAACUUCAUCUUCUACAAGUUCAUCUUUAUUUUUGGUGUACUAAAUGUUCAGACGGUGGAAGAAGUGGUCAUGUGGUGCCUUUGGUUCUCCGGGCUCGUGUUUCUGCAUCUUAUGGUUCAGCUCUGCAAGGAUAGGUUUGAAUAUCUCUCCUUUUCACCCACCACACCAAUGAACAGCCACAUCAGAGUCCUGACCCUGCUAGUAGCUAUGCUUCUUUCCUGCUGUGGACUAGCAGUUGUGUGUGGUAUUAUUGGCUAUACCCAUGGAAUGCACACAUUAUCUUUCAUGGCAGCAGAGUCCCUACUUGUUACUGUGAGAACUGUGCAUGUGAUUUUACGGUAUGUCAUUCAUCUGUGGGAUCUCAACCAUGAAGGUACCUGGGAAAGCAAGGGAACGUACGUUUAUUACACAGACUUCAUCAUGGAGCUAAUGCUUUUGUCACUGGAUCUGAUGCAUCACAUUCACAUGCUGCUGUUUGGCAAUAUCUGGUUGUCAAUGGCCAGCCUGGUGAUCUUUAUGCAGCUGCGUUACCUGUUCCAUGAGGUUCAACGCAGACUUCGCCGCCACAAGAACUAUCUCCGUGUGGUUGGAAAUAUGGAAGCGAGGUUUGCGGUGGCAACACCUGAAGAGCUGGCAACCAACAAUGAUGACUGUGCCAUCUGCUGGGAUUCCAUGCAAGCUGCACGUAAACUCCCUUGUGGGCAUCUUUUCCAUAACUCAUGCCUGCGCUCCUGGCUUGAACAAGACACUUCCUGCCCUACCUGUAGAAUGUCCCUGAAUAUCACUGACAAUCACCGUGCCAGGGAAGAUCAUCAAAGGGAGAACCUGGAUGAAAAUUUGGCUCCUGUGGCAGUAGCUGAAGGCCGACCUCACCUGAACCAACACAAUCACUUCUUCCACUUUGAUGGUUCUCGCAUCGCUAGCUGGCUGCCCAGCUUCUCAGUGGAGGUGAUGCAUACCACCAGUAUUCUUGGUAUUGCGCAAGCAAGCAACUCUCAGCUCAAUGCCAUGGCACAUCAGAUUCAGGAGAUGUUUCCUCAGGUUCCUUACCACCUCAUUCUGCAGGAUCUGCAGAUGACGCGUUCUGUAGAAAUAACAACAGACAACAUUUUAGAGGGGCGUAUUCAAGUGCCUUUCCCAACUCAGCGUUCAGAUAGCAUCAGACCUGCAUUGAACAGUCCCCUGGAAAGACACAACACUGAUCAGGAGGACACAGAAGAGGUUACUCAGACGGAGAGAGACUCACUGGAACUGAACUCAUGGUUGGAAGACGUGGCAGAGUUCAAUGAGGCAGAAGCAGAAUCCACUGAGACAGAAGACUUUGAAGUGAGAGGGAGCCGGUUUUCCAAGUCAGCUGACGAAAGACAGAGGAUGUUAUUACAGCGGAAGGAAGACCUUUUGCAACAAGCUCGCAGGCGUUACCUCAACAAAACCUCUGAUGAUCCUAGCACAGAUGACUACUUGCAGGCCGAAGGAGCGACUUCAGACCCUAUCACCCUGCGCCGGAGGAUGUUGGCCGCUGCAGCAGAGCGAAGACUUCAGAAGCAGGAUCCCUCUUAACACUUCCUGUCUCCUCCUGUUCUUUUUCCACACAAGCAAUGUUUAUGCCAUCCUACACUCUCCCUGCCUACAAGGAGGGUCUUUUCAGAACUCCGCAAAUGUGCCGAGGAUGACUGAUCUGGCUGCAUCUUCACUGUAUAAAGCAUGUGAUAUCUAAUAAGUGUUUGGACAGCUGACAAAUUAACCUUUCUUGGGUACUUUUUUUGAGUGACACACAUUUUCCUUUCCCCCACCCCCUUUGCAAACAAAAAAUGCAGUCUUUAAAGCCCUGGGCCUGGUGUGCUGUUAAUGUGAGUUGCAGAGGGACAGUGGCUGAGAAGCACCAGGUCCAUUUGCUGCUUCUGUGCACUGAGCUUGCUGGUACGUCCCAUUUAAGCUCUUUAAAGUGGAAACUGAACAAGGAAUGACAAAAGCACUCUCCUAAGUAAGUAAGCAUCACUGCCAAGUCAUUGCAUGUCUCGAGAACGACAUGCUUAAAAUAAAAGAAACACAUUUUGGAUGCUUUUGCAGAGUCUUUUGGUCAAAACUGGCAUUUCUAAGUGUUGGAGCAUGGAAGUGGAGUGCACCAACAGGAGGAGACAUCUUAAAGAGUGGAAAAUGUUGAGCUAAAUUUUAGAGCGGUGGCCCCCAGACAGUGUGAACAUUCCUGGAUUAUUUUUCUACCAGGAGGCUGGUUUGGUUUUUAAUGCAUUUCAUUGCUAGUAACAGACAUGUGGCCAAGGGAGAAGCACCGGAAAAAGGGGCGUGAGCCCCCAGCUAUAUUCGGCAUCUUGAUUCAGCAUUUCAGUAAGCAGGCAAACGGGGGUGGUCUCAUAGUUUGGUGUCAGAGGCCAUCUGGAGAGAAGGCUCCAUUCAGGAAUGGAAGUUGGCUGCUAUUGGAGAGGCAAGGGAGCGCGCAAAAUAUCUUUAUUUUUGUAAUCUUGCAUCUGGCCCAUAUGCCCAUUAGCUUAAUCAGAAUUGAGAGAAUUGAGGGCUACUAGAUCUUAGGCUAGGUGUGCUCAUUUUUCCCCCUUUAGUAUUGUAAAACUCUGGUAGCUGUAUUAGAGAUCUCUGGUCUUAGGUCUGUAAAUGGGUUUUAUGAUGGCAGCCAAGUAAUUUUGAAGUGUUUGGUGAGUAUCGCUAUCCUUCAGAAGGCGCCCAGUAUUUUAAAAAAUAUAUUGCAAAUUAUCUUUUUACAGCAGGUUUUUAGUAGGGCUGUGUACCAGAUUUGGCCAAGGUCUGAAUCCCGAGUCAAAUCAAGCCUAUUUGGAGGAAUCCUGGCUUCACUCAAGCCAGGUUGAAAUAGCACUGGAUCACUACAGGUUGGGUUGUGUGACCCACACCCACCCAGGACUGGUGGGGUGGGGCAUCAGGCAGGAAGGAAGGGGCAGCGCGUGUGAGAAGAAGUCUGAGAAACGGCAAACAGGAAAGGCCUGUUUUGUAGUAGAUAGUGGGGGGUCUUUCCUGCCAGGCUGUUCCUAAUUCUCACCACUGCCUCUUCUCCAUUCUGCCACCUGAAAUACAUUGUGUAGGAUUGGAUAACCCUGCGUAAUGACUUUUAGGCAGGAGGAUCCUAUCUUGUGCAAUGCUGCUCCUUUGUGUGUGGCUCCAAUUCGAUGCAGGGAAGCUGCUUUUGAAGGAGCAGCACCAUGCAGGAUCAGAUUCUCCUUAAUAGCUCAACAGCUGUUAAGAUCCUGCCACCACCUGUUCUCGACCUUUUUUUAUAAAAAAGUAAGGUUUAAAAAACCUUUAGCCACCCCCCCAUCCCUAUUACUUUGGGGACAGAUCCAGGGUGGAGUGAGCGGUGCAGAUGAAUUGGCUCAAUCUGGGAGCUAUAGGGCAGAUGGAGGGCAGUCUGUGCACAGCCCAUUUUUAGAAUAUUUGAAGGUGACUAUAAGAAAACUGAAUUGUGUAAGUGUUAAGUGAAGAUAACUUAUUUCAGUAACCCCCUUUGGGAAGCCUUACCUUGCAAUGCUGUUAGUAAACUAUGGAAGAAGAAAGAAAAGAUUCUUGUCAUUCAUUUUUGCUUAGAGCGCAGCUCUUUGUUUUUAUUGUUUUUUAAAAAGGAAAUAAAAUUCUUGAUCAGUGUUGGAAAUA